AUGGUAAGAGAGGAAAACAAUGCAAAUUAUAACCUUUCUGUUACGUAUCGAUCAAGCCCUCCUUUGACAGCCAUAGAAAGGUUCUUAAGGGGCCAACAUAGCCAUUUUCCUCACCAGCAACAACAACCACAAAAUGUUGCAAGGAACAAUGAUGCAAGUGUUUUUACUGAGGAGUUGUGCAGUUUUUCUUCCUCUGAUGGAUCGAACAGUAGUUUUUUGUGGCCAAACAGUACACAAGAGUGCUUUGUUGAUGGGCUCACAGCAAAUGAAGAGGCUUUGAUGUGGAAUAACAUCAACCAAAGCCCCACAUUGUGCCUGAAAGAUAUGAGACUUUUAGGUAAGAAAGCAAGAGUGGUGGGAAAGAGAAGUAAGAAAGAGUCUUCUGUGUUUUGGAUCAAAGGACAGUGGACUGAAGAAGAAGACAGGAAACUGAUAAGGUUGGUGAAACAAUAUGGUGAUCAAAGAAAAUGGACUGAAAUAGCUGAGAAGUUGGAGGGAAGGAUUGGCAAGCAAUGUCGAGAAAGAUGGCACAAUCAUUUGCGUCCUGAUAUCAAGAAGGAUAGUUGGAGUGAAGAAGAAGAGAGGAUAUUAGUAGAUACGCAUGCCAGGGUCGGAAAUCGUUGGGCUGAGAUAGCCAAAAAGAUUCCAGGAAGAACAGAAAAUGCCAUAAAGAACCAUUGGAAUGCCACUAAAAGGAGACAGAAUUCAAAGAGAAAGAACAGGAAGAUGCACAGCUCUAAUACAAAGCCAAAUUCCUCUAUACUUGAAGACUACAUCAGAAGCCAGACUCUAAUUGGCACUACUUGCAUCAACCCAACACAAGGCAUCAUCACUGAUACAACUAUCUUAGAAGACCCUGAUGCAAAAAGUUUAAACCUUGUGUUCUCUGAACCCUCUGAAUCUCUUGCCAAUGAGCUACCCUUCAUGCAACAAAUUUUCACUGAGAAUCAGAAUCAGCAAUCACUUGGCAAUGUUGAACUUGAAGAUUCUAUGUUCUCCAUGGUUUCUCCAACCUGCGACUUGGAUUUUUGUCAAGGAAAGGUUAAUGAUGAUGCUAAUAAUCUCCAGCAUUUAGAGGCUCAUCCUACCCCCUUAAAUUACCAUCCUUCGGAUCUAUAUAUCUAUCACUUGUUCAACGUAGCAACCGGUUAUGGGAAUCAAAGCCUAAACAUAGAUUUUCACCAAGAGAAUCAAUAUUGUUCAGAAGGAAAAAGAGAGAUGGAUUUAAUAGAGAUUAUUUCUUCUUCUUCUUAG